CAAACUUCAAAAAAGUCAAAUUAGCAUAUAAAAUGUGUUUUAUGGCAGUUCACUCACCAGUAUUAAUCUAGUUGGACGGUGUCUUGUUUGACCGAAUGGAUAAAUGUGCAUUAUUCGCGUUGCUCUUAGUCCUUGGAGCUCAAGCUCAGCCUCAGCGUGCUCCAAAGAUUAUCAAUGGUCACAGUGCAACUCAUCAACCCUAUAAUGCCUUCAUUAUGUAUCUCAAUGCUCAGAACGCAGGAUUCUUCGGCGGUGGUUCGUUAAUAUCUGAUCGGCACGUUCUUACGGCUGCAAUCAAUAUUUUCGGAUAUCAACGAUGGAACGUCGGUCUUGGUAGUAAUAUCUUCACUCAGCUUGCUACUAUCACCUCGACUCAGGCUAUAGCUCACCCCAAUUUCAACCCUACCAACCGUGCAAAUGACAUAGGUGUCAUAAUGCUGCCGAGUUCUGUCGUCUUUACCACAUAUGUAUAUCCCAUAAGACUGCCUCCGCUGACCUAUAUUAAUCAGCUACCAGUAGAAAACGAAGAAGGUACCAUUGUUGGGUUUGGCUUCACCAGUAGCAGCUCGACAACCCGAGCAGACUAUCUUAUGCACUCAUUUCAACGCGUGGUAAACCAUAACCGUUGCCUGCAAUUUUUCCCUGUGCAAUCACCCUAUCAAUUUUGCGCUGAGGACAACAUUGAACGUUCCAAUGUAUGCAACGGUGAUUUAGGAGCAGGUUUUGUGACAAUUGAACGUGGUCGACCGAUUCUGACGGGAAUAGCCUCGCUAGUGGCACAAAACUGUGGUGCCCAGAAUCCCACCGGUUACACGAGGAUUGCUGCAUACAGACAAUGGAUACACCAAGUGGCCUAUAUUUAGAAUUGUGAUAACCACUAUUUUUUAACUUAUUUUUACAGCUUGUUCUGAUGUGUAAUUAUUCAUUCGUUCACAAUAAAAUCAUUCAUUGCGGUGCGGAGAGCGGUAGAGUCGCAUCCCGGUUUGA